AUGACAGAUUACCGCCUCCCCUCCGCCGCGACGAUGAAUCUCUGGACCGACGACAACGCCUCCGUCAUGGAAGCCUUUAUGAAUUCCGAUCUCUCCGCCCUCUGGCCGCCGCCUCCUCCGCCACCUCAUCACUCCUCUUCCACCUCCACUUCCACCCCCGCCGAUCCCCCGCCGCUCUUCAAUCAGGAAUCCCUCCAGCAGCGCCUCCAGGCGCUGAUCGACGGGGCGAGGGAGAACUGGACCUACGCCAUCUUCUGGCAAUCGUCCUACGAUUUCUCCGGCGCCUCCGUGUUGGGAUGGGGCGACGGGUACUAUAAGGGGGAAGACAAUAAGGGGAAGGGGAAAUUGAGGAAGAAUACCAGCACGGCGGAGCAGGAGCACCGGAAGAAGGUCCUCCGGGAGCUCAAUUCGUUGAUCUCCGGCCCCAGCGGCGCCUCCGCCGACGACGCGGUGGACGAGGAAGUUACGGAUACCGAGUGGUUCUUCUUGGUCUCCAUGACCCAGUCGUUUGUGAACGGGGUCGGGUUGCCGGGUCAGGCUUUCUUCAACGGGUCACCCGCCUGGCUGGUCGGGCCGGACCGCAUGGCCGCCGCUCCCUGCGAGCGGGCGAAGCAGGGGCAAGUGUUCGGCCUCCAGACCAUCGUCUGCAUCCCGUCGGCCAACGGCGUCGUCGAGCUCGGGUCGACGGACCCGAUUUACCAGAGCUCGGAUCUGAUGAACAAGGUUAGGGUUUUGUUCAAUUUCAGUGGUAGCGGCGGAAUCGAAAGUUCCUGGGCUCCGCCGCCGCCGACCCCGUCGAAUCACGACCAGGGGGAGAACGACCCGUCGUCGCUCUGGAUCACAGACCCGGAAAUGAAGGACGGCGGCGGAAACAAUAGCAACAACAACAACGGUGGAAACCCUAAUCACCACCACCACAACAACAAUUCUUACCCCAGCUCAAGCAGCUUGACGGAGAAUCCUAGCGGAAUCCAUAACCAGAACCAGAACCAAACGCAGAGCUUCUUCACACGCGACUUGAACUUCGGCGAGUACACCGGAAUUGGGGGAAACAACAGCAACCGGAAUGGGAAUUCGAUUCUGAAGCCAGAAUCCGGCGAGAUUCUUAAUUUCGGGGAUAGCAAGAGAAGCUCAUCAAGCGGGGGGAAUGGAAAUCUGUUCUCCGGCAGCCAUAACCAUAAUCCACAGCUGGAAGAGAGCAAGGGGAGCAACGACGAAGGGAUGCUCUCAUUCACUUCCGGCGUAAUCCUGCCUUCCUCCGGCACAGCCAAAUCCACCGUCGCGGCAGACUCCGACCACUCCGAUAUUGAAGCAUCCUUUGUCAGGGAAGUAGACUCCAGUCGAGUCGUGGAGCCUGAAAAAAAACCUAGAAAGCGAGGGAGGAAACCGGCCAAUGGCAGAGAAGAGCCAUUGAACCACGUCGAAGCAGAGAGACAAAGGCGUGAGAAGCUGAACCAGAGAUUCUAUGCUCUAAGAGCAGUAGUCCCCAAUGUCUCUAAAAUGGACAAAGCUUCCCUCUUGGGAGAUGCCAUUUCCUACAUCAAGGAGCUCCGACUGAAGCUCCAGUCCACAGAAUCUGAGAAGGACGAGCUCCAGAAGCAGGUCGAGUCGUUGAGGGACGAAUCGUCAUCUCAUCCUCAGCAGCGGCCACCACCAGAUAAUCAAGAUCUCAAGUCAUCUAACUCGUCGAGCACUAACAGCUCGCAGAUCGAGAUGGAGAUCGAGGUGAAGAUAAUUGGAUGGGAUGCUAUGAUAAGGAUACAAUGCAGCAAGAGGAACCAUCCAGCAGCUAGACUAAUGGCUGCUUUGAAAGAGCUGGAUCUUGAUGUCCACCAUGCGAGUGUCUCGGUAGUAAAUGAAUUGAUGAUCCAGCAAGCGACGGUGAAGAUGGGGAGCCGAUUCUAUACCCAGGAGCAGCUCAGGUUAGCUUUGUCUAACAAAGUUGGUGACUUUCGAUAG